CUUCUGGGGUCACUGGGGCUGUCUGUGCCAGCCUGCAGGUGUGCUCCACAGGAAGUGGCUACUUGACUGGGCCAUGGGUGGGAAGGGCCAGAUGUGAGGGCCCAGGCAGGGUUCCUCUCUGCCUCUGCUCUACUCUCCACAGAACUCCAAGGGCCUGAAGGCUGCCCCCCUACUCACAGAUUGCUUAUGUGACCUCACUGGGCAGUGAUGACCUCACAGGCCUUCUCAGGUUCCACGGCAGGGUAACUAUGGAAACGUAGUACCCUUGGGGAAACUGCCCUACCAUGUCUCUUCGAGAUACCAAUCUGGUUGCCUGAAAAAGAAUGUCUGAUCGGAUCUUGUAUAUUAACUCUAACUUGUCCUCUGUCCCCUGGGAGGGCUGCAUGGCAGCACCACUGCCUCCUGCUUGUCCGCCUCUACAUAGCUACUACCACCUCCUCUACCAAGGGUGUGGAGAAGCCCAGGUGGGCUGGCAUGGGGAGACGUACUGCCUGGGUGGAGGCUACCGGCUCUUCGGGGAUGCUCCCUUGGCCACACCAGCAAAGCCUGAGGCAGUGAAGCCAGCCCCCAGAAUCCCCAACCUGCCUCCUGAGAAACGCCGGGCUCCCAAGAGACGCCGGGCUGUGAAGGAGGGAGAGAAAGACCUAGGUUGCCCUAGCCCAAAAAUUCGGCGUGUGCUCUUUGGGGAUGCUCCUCUAGCCACACCAGCAAAGGCCGAAGCAGAGAAGAAGCCAGUCCCCAGAGCCCCCAACCUGCCUCCUGAGAAACGCCGGGCUCCCAAGAGACGCCGGGCUGUGCAGGAGGGAGAGAAAGACCUCGGCUGCCCUAGCCCCAAAAUUCGGCGUGUGCAGCAUCGCGCCAGGAGGCUGGCCCGCAAGAAGGUUGCUCGCUCAGCUGCUCCGCAGAAAGGGCAAAUGUUGAGCUCCCUUAAACACCUAAGGCCUCUUCUGCAGUGACCUCCACAUUCCACUACUGGAGAUACAAGCUCAGCCAGCUAGCUGCCUAAGCCUUCCUGAGCCAGGAGCCCCUUUCCGUCCUAACUGGCCCUGCACGAGGAGCCUCAGAAACUGAGGCUGCUUUGAACAUCCAGGGCCAAAGCUGACCUGGAAGAACACCUAAUGGUCUUCUACUCAAUCUUCUCGAGUUCUUCCUGGGGCAAGAGAAAGAAAAGUCUGCAUCCUGCUAGCCGAGGACUCAGGUGCAGAGAGAGGGUGCAGAGCAGCCCAGCAGGGGCUUGUCCACCAGAUGAGCUUCUGCUCUGAGUCACUGCCAGCAACCACCAGCACAGACCAAGAGGGAUCAGACUUCCUGAAACUAGAAGGAGAAAAUGGGGCUACCCACAGCAGGAGGAAGCCUUCUGCCUGGGGUCUCAGGAGACAGAAUAGAGAGACCCAGGGAGACCUGCUGCCUGGAGCAGGAACAAUACGGAGAAAGUCAAGCAACACCCUGAGGCUCACAGGCUCCUCUAUUCCCAGCCUGUUAUGGCCCCACUGGGGUCCCUAGUGCUCAAUAAAAUGAUUUUCUCUAA